AUGAGAGAAGCUCACGAAGGAAUUCUAGGAGGACAUUAUGCUCUUAAAUUAACUCUUCAAAAAAUUAAAAAACGACACGAACGGCCCAUCUUGACGAAAGAGGUGGAGCAAUGCAUAAAACACUGCGACACUUGUCAACGGAAUAAGAAUAUACACAUGCUUUCCUAUCAAUAUACUACACCAGAUAUUCCUAAUAAACCAAAUGAAAAACUUUCAUUUGUUCUUAUGGGACCCUAUGGAACUACGGAGAAGGAGGCUCUCAUACAUGCAUCUUGCAGUGUCAGCGAUAUACAUUCGCGGAGUAAUACAAGGUACCUAUGCUACCGUGAGAAACAAUGCGACAAAAGGUCAGUUAUACUCCUAACGAGCGAGCCGGCAAGUCGUACUGGGAAAUCAUCAAAUCUUCUUAUCCGUAAAAAGCGACUGAUUGACCGAAUACGGCAUGAAAAUAUUCCAAUACACAUCAGUGAUGCUCCCUAUGCUGUUAAUGUUAGGAAAAAUGGAGCUAAUCAUUGCGGAGGAAGUAUAUUAUCACCAUACAUAAUUUUAACAGCUGCACACUGUCUUAUUGAUGAUAAGGCAUAUUACGCCGUUUUUUCUGGUUCAAGUCGUUUAUUAUAUGCCACACAUCACGCGGUAAUAAGAUAUCUAAUGCAUCCAAAGUAUACUCGUAGUUCUUUCAAGAACGACCUUGUGAUGCUGACAAUUCUCCCACCUAUUGAUUUGGUCAAUUCUUCUAGUGGAAUAAUACAACUGCAUAAUGGAAUUAUAGCACCACAUAGUCUUGCUACACUUAGUGGCUGGGGAUGUACCCAUGAACCAGGAAUGCCAUGCGCAGGUUCUAUCGAACUGCGAUCAAUCGAAGUGCCACUAAUCAGCAAAGCGGAAUGUAGAAAGGCCUAUCCACGGCCCAGAGGUUGGAUUACUAAUAAGGAGAUUUGUACUCUUGACAAAAGUGGUAAUAAAGGCAGUGGCUUGGGUGAUUCUGGUGAUCCUUUAGUCGUCAAUGGUCAGCUGCUUGGUGUUAUGGCUUGGAGUAGAGGGUUGGCAGAUGGAAAAAGUCCUGAUGUUUAUAUCAACUUGUCUCACCCUUUAUACAGAAACUGGAUCCUUGCAUAUCUUAGGCACCUUCAGUUUCAUACCUCAACAUGA